GCAUAACGCAAGAUAGUUCGCUGAUGUUCUGAUUUCUGAGUGUUGUCGGAAUGCUACAAACGUUGAAACGAACCUUCGGGCUGUUUGGAUUGUCCGUCACAAGCACGCAGCAAGAGGUUGAAGAAUAUCUCGUGUGCUAGUCCGCAACACUGGAGCACUGAGAAUAUUUGAAGCAAGAGCGAAAUAGAUUUUACGGUAUCCUUUCUUCAGUGAGGAUGGUCGACUGAAGAGUUCCUACGACUUUGAGUCGACACUUGUGACUUAGCAAGUUUCCAGGCCAGCUAUAGAAUUACUCUGUGGUCUGGCUAUUGCUUACAAGUGGCGUUCGUUGCGGGCUGCGCUGGGCGAGAAAUGGCUUGAAGAGCCACUUCAGCGCACCACCCCUGCGGCAGCGAGCGUGCCUAGACGCAAACCGUUAGCGUGGGUUGCGGACUGGUCGACGAUAAUAUGUCGGUCACGGUUCUGCAUAGCAUCGUCAGAUCCCGUAAUGCUCGUCCGCAAGCCGGCGCUCCUGUUGAAGAUGCCAGCAGCAGUUCGGUCGCUGCUAGCGCGGCUGGGCAGGCAGCGUGUGCCAAGGCGAGUAAUGAGAGCUCAGUAGGAGUGACCUUGUGUUCGCCGCUAGUGUCCUCCGACCCGCGUUCUCAAGCGGGCCUCGGGUCCAGUGACCAACAUGACGAAGCCAAGCUCUGUUCAUUAGAUGUUCCGAUGACGAAGCUCGACGUUGAGCAGCACCCACUGGGUCGACCAGCUGCUAAACAACUGAGGAAGCGACGACUCAGCAGCUUUCUGGGUCGAAGGGACACCACGAACGGAGACGGUGGCCGCUGGAGGUCCUUUGUGAACUACUUUCAAAAGGGCGUGUUUUUCGAAGACCCCAAGUAUGAAGAGAAUGUGUUCUUGACGUCCAAGCGUAUGGGAUCGCCAUAUUUGGUGGCGUUCAGCAAGGCCAAGUCGCUACACUACUUCUCCAUUGAGAACCGAUUCCGCCGGUUCACCAUCCAUCUCGCUACCAACGAAUUCUUCGACUACCUGAUCAUCCUGACCAUCUUGAUCAACUGUGUACUUCUGGCCAUGAACAAUGGCAACGAAUUAGCUGAGCUGCUAUUUGCUUCUCUCUACACUCUGGAGAUGGUUUUGAAGAUCAUUGCGUUUGGAUUCUUCCAUCACCGUCUGUCCUACCUGCGCAACCCAUGGAACGUACUGGACUUCGUUGUCGUUGUCUUCGGGUGGAUGACCCUUAUUCCAGGACUGUCCAAUUUCUCCACAAUACGUGCUUUCCGUGUACUUCGAGCACUACGCACAAUCAAUGCACUCCCUGGUCUGCGCAUCAUGGUGACGUCCGUGCUGUCCUCACUCAAGGCUCUCGGCGACGUCUUCAUCCUGAUGUUGUUCUUCCUGUUCGUCAGCUCAGUUCUCGGCUUGCAGCUGUUCAGAGGCAACCUGUUACAGAAGUGUGUGUUGCCAGAUGACAGCGAUCCGACGUUCACCAAUAUGACAGCUUCUUACGGAAACGAGAGCGCGCCAAUCAAUCACAUCAACUCGUCAUAUUGGCUGAAAGACAGCCUAGGUGACUUCAUCGUCUGUGGCAACUCCUCCUCUGCAACACCGUGUCCUGCACCCAGUGUUUGCCUGGGGGAUAUCGGGCAGAAUCCUAACCAUGGCUACACAAGCUUUGAUCAUUUCGGCUUUGCCUUCCUCACCAGUAUACAGCUAUUUACCCUGGAUUACUGGGAGAAUGUCUACAUAUUGAUAAUUGCAGCAUCUGGUGCGGCCGCCGUUACCUUCUUCUACUUUGUGGUGUUUGGCGGCGCGUUCUACACACUCAACUUGGUACUGGCUGUCGUCACUCUCUCCUAUAACAAAGCCAGCGAAGGAGAGAUGGCCAGGGAUUUGGAGCUGUUAGACGCUGCACAAGUGGCAUACAACGAGGAAGCAAGUCUGAGCUCCAGAAUCAACCUGUGUCCGCCCGAGAGUGCUACCAGUAACGACAGCAACAGCGGGAACAGUGGUAAUGGCGGAGCUAACUCAGCCACAGCUACUGAGCCACCGGUGGAGUUGGAAUGCACACGAGCGAGACCAACCGCCGGCAGUACUGCAAAGCCCUCUCUUGCUCCGCCGACCACUAGCCUACUGGCACCAGCAGCAGCACCAGCAGGUCGGUUACCCACAAUGACUCUAAGCCCGCUGGACCCACCCCGCCCGCCAAUGGAGGAUUCGCCGUACAGGAGAGAUCGCCGCGUGUCAGCCCCACCAGCCUUUAGUUUGCCAACCACCGUGCACGGAGAGGUUACUGAAGACAAGCUUCGUCAAGAAGCCCGCUCGCCGAAGAAGCCUAGCACUCUACACAUACCAAGCCUAGAUUCACAACAUGCACGGCCUGGACAAGCUACGCAAGCAGCAGCUGCUGAUGAGACAUCUAGCUCUACGCAAAAUGAACCAUCGCCUCGCCCUUCUAACGCGUUGCCAGCAGCUUCCGCGGAUGGCAAGCAGUCUGAAAGUGGCCUUGCCCUGCCAUCCCUUGAUAAUGUAUUUUCUGAACAAUCCCCCACUGUCAAGCCACCCAGUCAACAACUGACCAUUCUGCCGCCGAUCCUUUCCGACUGCAGACUACCCGACAUGCAUGUUCGUACUCCGACACGUUUUGGUCUGGACCGCGCCCUCACUCUGCCAGUUUCCCCGGAAGACAUGUCCUUGGGUAAACUGCCUCCGAUGACGUUGAAGACGCCCGCGUCCCAGGCCAUUGUCCGGGACUCGUCGCCCUCGCCGAAGAGCCAGCGACAGAUGUCGGACACGUCACUGCCGGGGCAAACAGUCACACCGCCGCUGAUGCAGCAUGAGCCAGCGUGUCUGGACGAUCCCGACAGCACGGACGACGAUCUCUCUCCGUUGCCAGCGGCGCCCAGUCGGACUGGCGGUCGUCGUGAAUCGACAACGUCUGCCGGGGCAGGACCCACUCUACACAGUCAGCUGUCAUCCGCGUCGGGGGCAAUGUUCACGAAGCGUUCAGUCAGCUCCAAUAGUGGUCAUUCGCGUUCAAGCAGUCUGACAUUUGACCUGCGUCCAGCACCGCUACCUCUCCCUCCAACAGUGUUUGUCCAGGACGAAGAUGAGAAUGUCGUGGAGGCUGUCAGAGUGCGCACGCGACGACGCCUGUCUCACCACGUUGACCAGGUGCUGUUACCGGUGGCUCGGCGUACUGCCAAGUUUGUCAAGUCCACUCAGUUUGAGAUCCUGAUUAUGCUCUGCAUCGCGCUCAACACCGCCCUGCUGGCUAUUGAGCACCCAUUCAUGGACCCUGACCUAUCGGUGGGUCUGUGUAGCGCUAAUCUGGCUCUCGGAACAGUGUUCUUGAUCGAGGCCAUUCUGAAGAUGUUAUCCUACGGGCUGAAAAACUACUUCAGAGUAGCGUGGAACGUCUUCGACUUCCUCAUUGUUCUCUUCUCCAUCAUUGAGUUCAUCCUGAUGGCCGCUGGUAGCGGAAUAUGCAGCGUGGAAUCUUCCAACAUCGCCACCGUCUUCCGAGCAUUUCGACUGUUGCGUGUGUUGAAGAUGGCGCAGUCCUGGAGCACAAUGCGUUCCCUGCUGGCUAUUAUAGCUAACAGUAUCAAGGAUCUUGGCUACCUGACUCUGGUGAUGGGUAUCAUUCUGUGCACAUUCGCACUUGUCGGGAUGCACUUGUUCCAACCAUACUACACCACCUAUGCCUUUGCACCUGAUCCAAUACCUCGCUGGAAUUUCACUGACUUUGGAAACUCGCUGAUGGUGAUAUUUCGCAUUGUGUGCGGUGAAUGGAUUGAACCCCUUUACGACACAAUGAGGGCCAGUAGUCCUGCCGCUGCAAUCUUCUAUCUCAUCGUGUUGGCAGUCGGAAACUUCCUGAUCUUGAAUCUCUUCUUGGCUUUGCUGCUGAAUUCAUUCGACGUGGAACAGAUACGACAGAGCAAGAGUGAGGAAGUGAAGUCGAAGUCCUUUGCAAAGCGGCUGAAGAAGGCUGUGAAGCGACUGAACUGCUGUAGACGGCAGAAGAUCUCGCCAAAGACGCGGAGAAGAUCACGACACAACACGUUGACCUCAGAAGCCGGAGAGGAACUUGCACAACAAGCGGAGAAGGCUCGGAAAGCACCGGUCGAGAGUGCAGCCAGCACAGGCAAUGUUAGAAAGCUGCGUCCUGAGAACACGAGCGGUGUUUCUCUACCCGAUCGAGCUAACGUUAGAAAAAAACCAUCAACAAACAUUGCCACCAGUGUGGCAGCGGCAGCAGCAGCUAAUUCUGAUACGCUGACAUACACUCACAAACAAGAGUCAAGCGCGUCGGCUGUUCGUAUCGACAUUGGCGAUUCGUCGCCGCGACCAAGUCGUCAAAGCGAGUGCUCAACGCGCACCCUCCUGAUGGCUGAGAACUCCGAGAGGACGGUCGACGAACUGCACGUACGCAAACGUAAUCUGAGCGAGUCGUCCACUGGCGGUGUGCCGACGCUUACUUUAACUCCCAUGGAUAUGUGCGAUACAACGACAGCAGUGUCGGCCGCAGCAGUGAGGACGGUGGAAACACACCGCCUGUCUCUGGAAGAGCAGACCAUCAACGACGCCGGUAAGCAGGAAGUGCGUCUGUCCGUCACCGAGACACGCACUCGCUCCUCGUCAUUCUCGUCUGAGCGCUCCGCCACCAACCUUGCCGUGGUGUCGUCGGUGGACGGUGGCAAGAGUAGUGUGUCACUACAGCCGAGCCAAGCCAGGAUCGGCAGCGUGACGUCUAACAUUAGGACAAUGCGCCAGACAGCAGCAGGUGGUAAUCCACAGAGCGGUAGCAUCGGCGGUGGUGGUGGUGGUGGUGACGGUGAUCAAUGCUGUACGUGCAUCACGUCGCACCGGUGCUGUCACCUGUGGUGCCUGUGUGCGUUCACGCCCAAACGCACCAUGUCCGGCGCUGAUGAAGUGGAAAUGGUGCGACUGGAUCCCACGUCUGGCCGUGCAGCUGACCCUGGAUCUAGCGGAGAUGAGACCAGGAGGAGAGGUUGCAAGCAUGGCUGUGUGUCGUUCUGGCGGAAAUGCCAGGAGUUGCUGGGGCGUAUAGUGUCGCAUAGCUACUUCGACAACAUCAUACUGGUGCUCGUCAUCUUCAGUAGCAUCUCAUUGGCGUUUGAAGACAGCACAGUGGAGAAGGACUCUCCGAGGGAUAACAUACUCCAGACCCUGAACAUAGUCUUCACCGCAUUGUUCACUGCCGAGCUGCUCGUGAAGAAUGUGGGUCUGGGUCCGAGGACGUACUUCAGCAGCCCGUGGAACUGGCUGGAUGCCAUCAUAGUACUUGUUUCACUGGCCAGUUUAGACUACACGGGUGACAAUAGCAAUGAAAGCUUAUCAGCACUGCGUGCUCUGAGGACACUACGCUGCCUCAGACCACUACGCACCAUCUCUAGGUGGAAUGGAAUGAAGGCUGUUGUCAACGCUCUGCUGAAAUCCAUCCCUGGAAUCAGUAACGUUCUUCUAGUGUGCUUCAUCAUCUGGCUCAUCUUCAGCAUUCUCGGUGUGCAGUUCUUCGGAGGUCUCUUCUACAAGUGUAUGGUGGAUGGCGAGCGCGUCUCUCAUACCAUCGUAGCCAACAAGAACGAGUGCAUCUCGCUGUACAACGAGGAGGCAUGGGUGAACUCUCCGCAGAACUUUGACAAUGUGUUCAAUGCUGCGCUGUCCCUGUUUCAAGUGGCAACCUUUGAAGGCUGGAUCGAGCUAAUGGCGGACGCUGUCGAUGCCACUGGUCUAAAUCAGCAGCCCAUCUACGACAACAACUUUGCAGCCAAUCUCUAUUUCGUUGUGUUCAUCAUCAUUGGCUCUUUCUUCGUUCUCAAUCUCUUUAUUGGUGUGAUUAUCGACAGCUUUGCUCGAAUCAAGAGAGAGAAUGAGAACCAGCCAACGUUUUCCAAGUUUCUCACUCCAAGUCAACAGGCCUGGAUCAAGACUUGGAAGAAGAUGGCUGACCGGAAGCCCAUCAAAACAGCCAAGCCACCAAAGGGCCGGGUCCGGCGUUUCUUCUACAAGAUUCUGGAUGACCCUCGUUUUGAGGUAGCCUUGAUGCUGACCAUCCUAGCCAAUGGUGUGCUCAUUGCUACAGAGCAUCACAAUCAGAGCAAAACCUGGACGGAGGUUCAGUUCUACCUGAAUCUGACUCUGACCACCUUUUACAUACUGGAGGCUACUGUCAAGAUCUACACAUGGCGCAAGGCCUACUUUCAAAGUGGCUGGAACCUUUUUGACCUUCUCAUCAUUAUGUUGGGAAUUGCCGGUAAUAGGCUGGUACUGGAGCUCUACUCGCAGAACUUUGGCCUGAACCCGUCGUUCCUGCGCAUGGCGCGGCUGGUGCGCAUAGUGCGUGUGCUGCGCCUGGUGCGGCGUAUGCAGGGACUGCGUCGUCUGCUGUUCACGCUGAUGUACUCACUGCCGGCGUUGAUCAACGUGGGCGCCCUGCUCAUUCUCACCAUCUACAUCUACUCCAUCCUGGGCAUGUCCGUGUUUGGACACGUCAAACGCACCGGGGUGCUCAGCGACCAGAUCAACUUUGAGGACUUCCCGCACGCCUUCCUGGUGCUGUUCCGCGUGGCCACUGCGGCCGGGUGGAACGAAGUGCUCUACGGCUUGAUGGUACAGCCGCCGUUCUGUGAUCCCAGCUACAAGGGCUUGCCCAAUGGCAACUGCGGCCGUCCCAUCGUGGGCCCGCUGUACUUGGGUUCGUUUGUGAUGAUCUCCUAUCUGAUUGUAGUCAAUAUGUACAUAGCCAUUGUGCUGGAGAACUUCGCCGAGACCGAGGAGGUGGGACUGGGCGAUUCCGAUCUGGAGACGUUCUACGAAGCAUGGACGAAGUUCGACCCGGCCGCCACGCAGUUCAUCCCGUUCUACGACAUUCAGCGGCUGAUACGUGCGAUUCCCAGGCCGCUGGGCAUACCGGCGGCGGACCUGAAAACGAUAGCCGCGCUGGACAUCCCGCUGUUCAAGGACGACGAGAAUGACAUGAUGGUGGCACACUGCCUGGAUGUGAUGGAUGCACUGGUACGCCGUGUGCUGACCAAGGCCCUGGGAGACAUGGAGGACUCCACGUACUUUGCCGAGAUGAUGCAGCAGACGCAGGAGAAGUUCAACGAGAAGUUCCCGAACCGCUCCAAGAUCAAGCCGGUGUCGUCGUCCGGGGAAAUGGUGCAUGCCACCAUAGCCCUGCAGAAAGCCGUGCGGAGAUUUCUGAGUGCAAAGCGUUUGCGCCGUGAGGCCGAGGCUAUUGCAGAAGAGGAGGCCACCUCGCCUAGGAAGGCCAUGGUCCUGUCUGCCCCCUUGGCUGCCGUUCUCUCUCCUGCCAGUCCCACCACCGCUGUUAUGGCCAACACGCCAGGGGGGCAGCAUCAGCAAGUGUUUGAUUUCAAUCUGACGCAUCAUUCAGCUGCGCAACUGCGACAGUCAAACCGCCCGCAGAGUGCAAGCUCAUCUCACCUUCGCUCCGCUGCCACGACAUCGCAGCAUUCUCUCAGCAGUAGAUUGGAACCGGACACCACACGGGCCAAAGCUACUGGUGGCGGUUUGCUGGGCGUGGCGGACACCAGAAGUUCCCGGUCGAUCGCCGGCAGAGCUGCUGGCAUCAUUCGCCAGGACUAUUCAACAUCUACCAGAGAGCUGUAUAAGCAGCAUAGCCCGUCAUCUGAAAACAAACCGUUGAUAAGCGACGCCAGCACGAGUAGUGACAGCCUACCCAAUUCCCCAUUCGGUGCCGGGCUGGGACGAUUUAAACGCAGCUCCACGUUGGACAGCACCACAGGCACAACUAGCCGCCCAAGGUCACCAGCUGCCAAACAGCAAUCUGCAUCAUCACUGCAGCCUGGUGGUCCGGCAUCUACUCGUGCUCAACGUCAUAGCCUCCCGGCACCAAUGUCCACGGGGCUUCCGCCCGGCACGCAAUGUGCCGACGAUGCCAACAUGCCUGGCGCAGCACGGAAGACAGGCACGGACAAGGGCUCAGAUAAACCACCAACCAGCGCAAGCCGAGCACAGCCAGGCACCAGUGCAGCUAACGCCGCAGUGCCCACGCUUUGCGUCGAAACGUCUCGAGUUAGCCCGGCAGUGACUGUGUCUUGUACUCCUGAUGCAGAGCAUGUCGCCGCAGAGACAGGGCGAGCGCUACCAGCCAUCACAACGUCACAAGACACCACAUCACCAACUGCCAAACCUGUAAAUCUCGCUCCCAGCGCAGCAGUGCAUGUCACUGCAGAUUCAUCUCCUACAGUGGUGGUGGGCAAGAGCAGAGUGAUGGCGAGACCUACUGGUCGCUCGCUGUUUGCAUCCUCUGACAACCUACGAUCAUCGUCGUCUGCCAAUGAAAUCACCGCCUCCGCUCGGCAAACAUCCAGCCCCAGAACCUCACUUACCAGCCUCGGCUCAAGACUUGCCUCAGCUGCUCGCGCAGUUUCAACUAAAUCACUGCGCGUGUCGCCCGUCACUUCGUCCCCGCACUCCUCCGCUCCGGGAACUCCGAGGCUAACACGCUCCACGAAGUCUCUCCACUCCCCUUCUUCGGCGGUGCAUGUCAGCCAUGGGGAUAGCGGUGCAUCUCUGAAACGGUCAGCCCACUCGAUGGUGUCGGGAAAAUCUCCACAGCUUUCCAGGUCUGGUCGAGUGCUACAGCCGGGGGAGUCCCUACGUCGCACCAGAUCAGCACGUACAACAGAGGAAGGCGAAACCCCUCAUCUCUCUGCUCACACCAGCGGCAACAGUCUCAAGCAAUCCACUCCCAACUUGAACCUCCCCGAUGAAACAACAAUUGAAGAGCUUGUUUGACGCUCAUUAUGAUUGCAUACGUUCUGCUAAAUUUUGUUGAGAUGCUCGAAAUCUAAAAUCCGCAAAUGAGGCAAUUUAAAAAUCAGUCCUAUCCUAAGUUAUCAGCACACAAUUGCUAGAUAUAAGCGACCAAAUGCCGCUGGACGGCAUGAACUGAUAUUUAUCUCAUCGUUGAAACUUGUCUGAACCUUAUUUGUAUUUUUGCGCUAUUGUAGGCACAAGGAAUUUUGAAGAAGCUGAACACAAAAAUUGCUGAAAAUUAGGCAUAGUGAGGAUGCUGCUGCGCGAAGGUUUUUAGAAUUAGCCUCACAAAAAAUGUAUUGCUGCUUUUUUCUUAGAAUUUGAAUUCAGGUUUGACCAGAUCCACCAGUCAUAAACACAACACACUGCCAAGUA